CGCUUUUCAAAAAAGAUGGCAACACUGAACACAAGUGUUGCAACACGUGUGUUACUCGGCCAUUUUCCUUAACCUGGCGCCGCGUGCAAACGUCUUUUGAGCAUUGCGUGCCUUGUGUGUUAAAUAAAAUUAAUUAAAAUGACUGACGUUGAUUCGCGCAAGAAAAAGAAGAAAAUCAAGGAAGAGCCACUCGAUGGCGAAGAUCUUGGCACUCUGCAAAAGCAGAAUCAAUUUCAAAUCAAACCCUCGUCAAAGAUCGCCGAGCUGGACACAUCGCAGUGGCCGCUGUUGCUGAAAAACUUUGACAAGCUCAACAUUAGGUCGAAUCACUAUACACCGCUGGCACAUGGUUCCUCGCCGCUGAAUCGCGACAUCAAGGAGUAUAUUAAGACUGGUUUCAUCAAUCUCGAUAAGCCGUCGAAUCCCAGCUCCCAUGAGGUUGUCGCCUGGAUCAAAAAGAUAUUGAAAGUGGAAAAAACCGGACACUCGGGCACAUUGGAUCCUAAAGUCACGGGCUGCUUGAUUGUCUGCAUUGACCGCGCCACUCGUCUCGUCAAGUCACAACAAAGUGCCGGCAAGGAGUAUGUGGCUAUUUUUAAACUCCAUGGAGCCGUCGAAUCGGUUGCCAAAGUACGUCAAGGAUUGGAGAAGUUGCGUGGUGCGCUCUUCCAGCGUCCACCUCUAAUCUCGGCCGUGAAACGUCAGUUGCGUGUGCGUACAGUAUACGACAGCAAACUGCUGGACUACGAUGAGACACGCAAUAUGGGUGUUUUUUGGGUUAGCUGCGAGGCCGGUUCCUACAUCCGUACCAUGUGCGUCCAUCUGGGUCUAGUCCUAGGCGUUGGCGGCCAAAUGUUGGAACUGCGUCGCGUUCGCUCUGGCAUCCAGUCGGAGCGCGAUGGCAUGGUCACAAUGCAUGAUGUACUCGACGCCAUGUGGCUGUAUGAGAAUCACAAAGAUGAGUCCAUGCUGCGUCGUGUCAUUAAGCCCUUGGAGGGUCUGCUUAUCAAUCACAAACGCAUCAUCAUGAAGGACAGUUCGGUAAAUGCCGUUUGUUAUGGUGCCAAAAUCAUGUUGCCUGGUGUACUGCGCUAUGAGGAUGGCAUUGAAAUCGAACAGGAGAUUGUCAUCUGCACCACAAAGGGCGAGGCCAUUUGCUUGGCCAUCGCCUUGAUGACCACAGCUACCAUGUCCUCUUGUGAUCACGGUGUAGUGGCCAAAAUCAAACGCGUCAUCAUGGAGCGUGACACAUAUCCACGCAAGUGGGGACUGGGUCCUAAGGCGUCGGCCAAGAAGGCGCUGAUUGCUGCCGGCAAGUUGGACAAGUUUGGCAGGCCCAAUGAGAACACGCCCAAGGAAUGGCUAACUGGUUUUGUGGACUACAGUGCUAAGAAGCCAGCAGCGGCAGUAGCGCCACAGACACCAGAAACGCCCACCAAUGGCUCCAGUGAAGUCAGCAAGCGAAAAUUGAGUACCUCUAGUGUAGAGGAAUCUCAAGCAGAUGCCACACCAGCCAAGUCAGAUAAGAAGAAAAAGAAGAAGAAGCAUAAGGGUGAUGAGGAGGCACCAGCCGAGGAAGAAACAGCUGCAGAUGUAGCUGAUGUACCUGCUGAGAAGAAGAAAAAGAAGAAGAAGGACAAAGAUAGGGAUAGAGAAGAGGCUCAGGAAUAGUAGCAUACUUUCAAUAACAUUAGGAUUUAGAAUUUAUGUCCUCCACUAUUUUGAGCAUUUUUUCAUAGUUGUUAAGUUUAAGAUUGCAGACGGUGAAAUGCUGUACAAAUGCAAAUUUUAAUGCAUUUAUAAGUGACAUUCGCAAUGCAAUAAACGUAUAUUUUUAUUGUAAA